AAAAGUUCUAUAUCCUACAUAUAAUUAAUCUAACUCAUUUUCCUAGAUGGAGAGAGAGAGAGCGCUUAUAACUUGAAAAGAAGCAAAGGCAUGCCCAGAGGGAUGGUGUGAGAGAGAUCAUGGCAUUCACAUUGGAGAUGGAGACCAGCAGCAAUGGCAGCAGAAGCUCUGCAGGUGAAGAGCAUGAACAUCACCACCACCACCACCAUCGUCACCAGCCGGCGUUGUCUGUGGAGUCGCAGAAGGCGGUGCCGGCGCCAUUCCUGACCAAGACUUACCAGCUGGUGGACGACCCGCGUACCGACCACAUUGUGUCGUGGGGUGAAGAAGAUGCCACCUUCGUCGUCUGGCGCCCCGCCGAGUUCGCCCGCGACCUCCUCCCCAACUACUUCAAGCACAACAACUUCUCCAGCUUCGUCCGCCAGCUCAACACCUAUGGAUUCAAGAAGAUAGUGGCGGAUAGAUGGGAGUUUGCAAACGAGUACUUCAGAAAAGGAGCGAAGCACCUCUUAUGCGAAAUCCACCGCAGGAAAACCCCACAACACAACCAAGACCUGCCGUCGCCGCCACUGCCCCAUUUCUUCCAACCGGUUGACGAGAAUCUCUGCUGGCCACCAGCCGAUCUGCCAUUCCCGCCACAGCCGAAACCACACCUGAACGGCGGCGAUGUCCUCGCUGCGCUGAAUGAGGACAACCAAAGGCUAAGGAGGAAGAACUUGAUGCUACUCUCGGAGCUCACCCACAUGAAGAGUCUCUACAACGACAUCAUCUACUUCAUCCAGAACCAUGUCAAACCACUGCCUCAUGACCCGACGAACAACCGCAGCCACCUUGACAGCAUCAGAGUUCCCAAGCUCAUCGAGUUGGAUUUGGAUCACGAAGGCGUCGCGUGCUCACGGGCAGCAACGUUCAAGAAGGCCGGGCACUCGGGCGAGGAGGCCGGCAGAGGCAGUAACUUCAAGCUCUUUGGGGUGUCUUUGAGCGGCAAGAAGAGGCUGCACCCGGAAAAGAUUGAUCGGCAAGAGCUGCAACUGUGACAUCCUCUCUCGAUCAUAAUAAUUCAUGAACUAGGGACAAAUAAUGGUAGUCGUUUCAAAGUUUAGUUCUCAUUGUGGACUAGGGCAUGCACUAACUUAUUAGAGUGAGAUCAAUCGAAGUUGAAAAAUGGACAACUUCAUGACCGAUCAAAUAUGUAACGUUUGGACCUUUUGAGUUAUCAUAUGCUCGCUGAGGCUC